UUUGCAUGAUGGUAUAAACAUCGCCACAAUGAGAAAGCAAUCAUCUUCACCGAGAGCUAGCUGGGUGUAGUUGUUUCUUUUGUAGUGCACCAUUUGAGAGAAUGUUGAGGACUGUAGAAAUAUCAGAGUAGGAAUUUCAGUUUAGUGCAGCUAACACUGAAGGCUGUUUUAAAAACAGCAGAAAGAUUAUGGCUGCCUCUUUGACCAUCCAGCUCCAGUGUCCUGCGUGUAGGAACAUCUUCACAGACCCGGUGGAUUUACCAUGCAGCCACACCUUCUGCCAGAAAUGCCUCUUGGAUCUCCUACAGCCCAGCUCGGGUCAACAGCCGUGUCCAGAGUGCAGCCAGCCUUUCAGCCUCAAAGACCUGAAGCCCAACAGCCUCCUGAAGAACCUGGUGGAUGUGGGCAGGGAAGACCUUACCAAGAUGGUGGCCGCCAAGGACCCCCAGAGAGGAAGAGCGGUAGACCCUGUCCAAUUCCAGAGGAACUCCACGCUUGUGUGCGCUGACCACUACGAGAAGCUCAAGCUCUUCUGUGAGACGGAUCAGAAGCUCAUUUGUGUCAUCUGUAGGGACUGUGCGGCACAUGAGGGACACAGCUUUAAACCAGCGAAGGAGGUCGCCAAUGCCUACUUGGAGGAAGUGAACAGUCCCCAGUGUAGGUCUGAGCUUCACAGCUGGGUGACUCUCACCUCUGCGGACACCCCCCACCCACCACCAACCCCUCCAGUAAGGAUGUCAGGAGGCCAGGACCACAGUUCACACACACACAACAAUGAGUACAUUCUACACAGCGUUGGAGAUGGAAGACUUUUCUUACGAGAAUGAAUUUAAUUACACAAGCAGCUAUGACGCUGAGAGCAAUGGGACUAACUGGGGUCUCUGUUCCGCGGAGGAGAGCUGGCUGCAGCACUACCAGACGGUGUUGCUGCCGCUGGUGUACGCUCUGGUGUUCGUGCUGGGUGUGGCGGGGAAUGGGCUCAUGGUGGUGGUGCUGCUGCGGAGGCGCCGGAGCUCCCUGCGCAUCACCGAGAUCUACCUGCUGCACCUGGGCCUGGCCGACCUGCUGUUUCUCGCUGCCCUCCCCUUCAUGGCGGCCAAGCAGGCGGCCGGCGUCUUCCUCUGCAAGAUGCUGAGCACGGUGGUCAGCCUCAACCUGCUGUGCAGCAGCCUGCUGCUGGCGUGCAUCAGCUUCGACCGCUACCUGGCCAUCGUGCACGCCGUGCCGAGCAUGCACAACCGGCGGCCGCGCACCGUCCACCUCACCUGCGGGCUGUUGUGGCUCCUCUGCUUCGUCCUGUCCUUCCCCGAGGCCGUGUUCACCACCGUGUUGGACGACCCGGUCUACGGUCCGCGGUGCUCGUACGAGGGCCUGGAGGGCGGCACCUGGAUGCUGCUGAGCCGCAUGCUAAUGCACCUCCUGGGCUUCUUCCUGCCGCUGGCCGUCAUGGGCUACUGCUACUCGGCCGUGGUGCUGACGCUGUCCCGGCGCCGCCGAAGCCUGGAGAAGCAGGGCGCCGUGCGGCUGGCUCUGCUGGUCACUGCCGUCUUCUGCCUUUGCUGGCUGCCUUACAACCUCACCAAGCUGCUGGACCUGCUGGUCAUCCUGGGCCCGCUGGCACACCUGAACUGCGACGAGGCGCUGAAGCAGAGCCUGGUGCUGAGCGAGAGUGUCGGCUACGUGCACUGCUGCUUGAACCCCAUCCUGUACGCCUUCGCUGGCGUGCGCUUCCGCAAGGAGCUCCUGCAGCUGCUGGGCAGGUGGAGAGUGUGCCACGACUGCUUGCCUGCCAAGUGCAGCAGUCGGGUGUCUUCCUCCGAGGGAGUCACCACCACAACCAACGUCAAAACCGUCUGAUCUCCGAACACUCCAUUUCCCACAGUGCACCUGAAGCUUGUCCGGUUUGAACCAUUUAUGUCUUAUCGUGGAGGACUCGAAUAACAAGAGUAAAGUGGGUGUGAGAGCUUUGUAAAUGAAGGCGUUUCUAUAAACUAACUUUUAUACUAGCAUUGUCAUUGAACGACCCUUCGGCUUUCUGAAAACUGCUUCUUAAAUAAAUGAG